UGGUUCGACUAUUAGGAUUUGGUGAUUUCGAAAUAAUUUUGGCAAACACAGGGUGAGCCAUGGCUGAAAAAGGCUGUAUAGCCGUAUUAGUUGUGAUCGGGGCUUUGGUAAUUAUGACAAUAGCCCUGAUAGCUACAUCGCUAAAGAAGCUGGCCUCUGAUGAAAAAAGACCUAGGAUCCUUUUGGCCUACAAAUCCCUUGAGUUUUCUAAAAGAAGUUCACCUAAAAAUCAUUUAUCCAGACCCAUUGUACUGAUAUCACAUCAGGGGACUAGGUUCAAUAACUAUCCUUGCUUGAAUAAGGACGGAGUUCAGAUCAAACUGGACGUUACCUACCAGUACAAAGUACGCUCCGCAAAUUUACGGACCGUCAUUCUGAACUUCAGGAACUUCACAGGAUACAAGACUGUCUUGACUUACGCUGGUGAGGCAGCCCUUCAUGAGUCCUGUAGCUACUUUAACACAUCACAGUUCCAAAGUCAGAGAGCAGAGUUUCAGGAGUUUGUCCGAACCAAGAUCAUAGAGAGAUAUGAUAUCUUAUAUGCAGACAUCACAGACUUACAGGUGAGCAACAUUGAGAGACUUUUGAGAUAUAGGACACUGAUUGUAGCCCUUAAUGAGAGGCCAAGGUUACUGACAGAGGCAGAAACGGAAAAACGUGAAGCGGAAACUCAGGCGGAAAUCAUCAAAGACAAGGCAGAAUCAGACGCCAGAAUUCUGAACAAUAGGGCCAAAACUGAAGCGGAGGCCAUUUUGACUCAGUACCAGAAGGAGGCUGAGGCCUAUAAGCAGAUCAUUGAGGCCUCUGGCCUCGGUUUCACAGUUGAGGGCUUCAUCUCCUACCUCGGGGUCAGAGUCAUUGCUGACGCCAAGAACCCGGUGUACAUUGGACUUCAGAGUCCAGCCAAAUCAGCUUAUCCUUAAUUACCUAAUUAGGACCUUAGAGCCCAGCCAAGUCAUCUUAGUAUUAACCAGUAAUUAGGUCAUUCAUACAAGAAAUGCUCAAUUUAAUUUAAAUUCUGAUUUUUCAACUUGAUGCAAUGAGAGGUUAGUCUAAACCUUUUUUUCUAAUAUUAAUAUUUUUCCAUUUUUAUUAGCAUUGGCGUACCUAUUGCUAUCUUUCUUAAUUCCAUAUUUUCCUAAGGGUCUGAAGAUACUUGUAUACUUUAGAAGUACAGUAUUAAUAUGAUUCUUAAUAAUGUAAACCAACAUUUAUUUGUGUGCAAGAAAUUUUCGCGAAGUUCGCGAGAGCCUCGUCAUCGCGAAUAUUUCUCGCCGCGAACCGAUUCUUAAAGUGUAUGUGUCUAUUAACAACAGAUCCAGAAAGGCUUGUUCGCGAAAAUUAAUCAUUGCAAACUAGUUUAUCCCUGGUAAAUAGCGAAAUAAAUUCAUCGCGAGUGAAAGUUGGUUUACAGUAGUAAAAUAAAUAUGCACUUGGUACAGCAACGAAUUACUGAGGGUGAUAUUUUUGGCAGUAUUUUGCCAGAUGUUUCAAAUUAUUUUAAAACUUUGUAGUUCCCCGCCAAAGCUACAUUUGUCAAACCAGUAUGGUUGUUAUUAAAAAUUUAAUUAAAAAAAAAAUAAGGAGAAGAAAAUGGAUACAAUUUUAUUGAUUUUAAUAUGACAAGAAAUGUUUUAGUUGCCAUUGAUGGAGAAAUACAUAUGUUAAGAUUGUUUACGUUUGCUAGUCACAUGAACAGUGUAAAGAGUAAUUGAGGUAAUGCUAUUUUUACUAGAGGAGAAUUGAAGGUUGGCUUCAAUAUUAAAAAUAUUUUUUUACCUCCUGGUGUGAACGGGUAUUUCUUGUGUAUAUGAAACUAUUUCUGUUGUGUUUGUUAUGAUGUGCUUUUAAGAAAUUAUUUUUGCUAUGAUGUAUUUGAUUCAUAUUUCUGAAGUAUAAUUGGAAAAUUGUACUAUUGAUAGUAGCAAAGAUUUGUCAAACAAAAGGUUUUGAUUUUUGUGUGUGAAAUCUCUUCCUUUUUUGAUUUGAUAUUUUUUAAAU